AUGCGGUCUUCAAUGCUUCUGGGCGCUCUCUGCGUCGCUGGUGCCAUGGCCUCUCCCUUGGAAAAGCGUGCCUACGUGACGGAAUGGUCCGUUGUCACCGUGACCACCACUAUCACUGCUUUCCCUCCCGCGGAUCCUACGCCUCCUCCCGUCGAGAGGGUGGAUGAUUCCACAACAAGCUGUUCUAAAACCCGCAAGGCUAAGGCCACUGCUGAACCAGCCCCGGCUCCGCCCAACUACCCUCCAGCCCCUCCGCCCCCUCCGCCCCCUCCGCCAAAGGAACCCGCUACCAAUCCUGAACCAGCCCCGGCUCCGCCCAAAAACCCUCCAGCCCCUCCGCCCCCUCCACCAGAGGAACCCGCUACCAAUCCUGAACCAGUCCCGGCUUCGCCCAACGUCCCUCCGCCGCCGCCGGCGGAGGAGCCCGCUACCACCGCUGCACCCGCGACGACUUAUUAUGAAAGUGGUGGGACUGGAGAUGAACAGGGCUGGACCUCUUAUUGGACCUCCUCGUGGUCUUCUUCUUGGGCGGGUUCCACCAUAACCAUUCCCGCGCCAGAGCCGACAACUACCAACCCGGGCCCCGCGGAGCCUGCCCCCACAGGCGUCUUCCAGAAGACUAUCCUGAAGAGCCAUAACGUCCAUCGUAGCAACCACUCCUCCAGCGAACUUAACUAUUCGAAAGAGCUGCAGGAGAGUGCCAACACGCUUGCUUCAAGCUGCGUUUAUGGGCAUAACACAGAAAUUGGUGGUGGAAACUAUGGCCAGAACAUUGGAUAUGGUGUCGAGAAGGAUAACGUUGCAUCCUUGAUCACUGACAUGAUGUACAACGAUGAAAUGGGCUACUUUGAGGACCUGUACGGCCAAGCUAAUCCUGAUAUGACCAACUUCAUGAAGUGGGGUCACUUCACUCAGAUUGUCUGGAAGAGCACCACCCAUGUCGGCUGUGCUACUGUAAUGUGCAACAAACUUACAAGCGAUGAUGGCAGCUAUUUGGGAGACAACUUGCCCUACACGGUUUGCAACUACAGCCCCCCUGGCAACUUUGGUGGUGAAUAUGCCAAUAACGUGCUCCGUCCUCUUGGACAAAGUGUUGUUACUGCCUAA